CAGUAAAAUUUGAAGAGAAAGUGGACUUGCUUAAACAUUUUGGGCCGUUAUAACUACCUACAAAAAUUGCUUCCGAAAAUGAAGACAUUUGAAUUUCUUGUGUUAGUUCUAUUGAUUAAGCUACUUUUUGCAUUUCCUUCUGAGCGCAAAGGUACAACGGGGAAAGAAAAGAAGGUGCAGUAUGCCUCCUGGGAUGAGCUGAACGUGCUUGCCCAUGGUCUACUGCAGCUUGGACAUGGGCUGAAGGAGCAUGUGGACAAGACAAAAGGGCAGAUGAAAGAAGUCUUCUCCAAGUUCAAUGCACACAAUAGCACUUUGUCUGAGCUCCUGAAUCAGGUGAAACAGGUGCGGAAUGAAAACGAAAACCUCGUUUCAAAAGCAACGCAACUGGAACGUAAAGAUGCCUACUUUGUUAACCUCUCUGCUGAGCUGAAAGAAAAGGUGCAAGAGCUGCAGGGGGAGCAGAUGGAUGAAGCCAAGCGCCUGAAAGCUCUCGAGAACAAGGUGAAGGGACAUACGUGGGGUCAAGCUGCAGAGAACGAAAGCGCAUAUUCUAUUAACAUGAUCCAAUCCAUAGUGGAAGCACAGAACAAGAAGAUUGAUGAGCUGUUGGACAAGGUCAGACUGCAGCAACAUAAACUGGACAAACAAAAUGUACAAAUACAAAGUCUUCAAAGCCAGGUUGAAAACAAGUUCAAGACCCCAAAAUGGAGAGCAGUUUUUGCACCAAAGGUAGAAGAUGCCAUUCUUGACCAGAACAUCACCAGCAUGUCUACUGAAUCAGAAAGGCUUCCUUCAGAUUGCCACCAGAUCUUUCUAGAAGGUCAUACUGAAAGUGGGGUUUAUAGAAUUGAACCUGUGCAGUCUCAGCCUUUUGAAGUAUACUGUGAAAUGACUUCAGAUGGUGGUUGGACUGUUCUUCAGAGACGUUUGGAUGGCUCCGUGGAUUUUGACAGAUUUUGGGACAGUUAUGAGAAUGGAUUUGGCAAUCUUAAUGGAGAAUUUUGGUUGGGUCUGGACAAAAUGUACAGGGUUGCCAGACAAGGUGGAUAUAUUCUGCAUAUUCGGUUAACCGAUUGGGAGGAUAAUAGUCAGUUCAUUGAGUACCCUUUCCAUCUUGGAGCAAAGGGAUCAGGCUACACACUUGACUUGCAGAGCCCUGUAUCAGGAGAGCUGGAAAAUGCUGUUGGUCACACUAGAGGGGUGCGUUUCUCUACACAGGAUGUGGACCAAGACCUGAAAUCGGAUAUGAACUGUGCAAAGCACCUGUCAGGAGGCUGGUGGUUCACUGCUUGCGGUCACUCUAAUCUUAAUGGGAAAUAUUUCACUGCUGUUCCUCGUAUGCGGCAUGAAAGAAAGCAGGGUAUCUUUUGGAAGACAUGGAAAGGAAGAUAUUAUCCUCUCAAGUCAACUCUGAUGAAAAUCCGACCUGCAGAACUGGAACCAGAGUCAUGAGGCCUGCAGUCCAGGCAAAUGCCAAAAACAUUACUUGACUUUAUUACAAAUGUGGGACUACUUUAUUAUUUUUGGUGUUUACAUGCUCUGAAGAAAUUUGGCAUUUGUUCAAAGUAUGUUCUGGAAGGAGGACAGUAGAAGCAUUUCCAGUGUGUUUCUGUAGUUAUUUUAUGCAACGGAGUAAUGCAGUUUCCUUUUUUUCUUGUAAUUUGUUUUGCUGUAUGUUAAUAAUAUGUAGAUCAUUUUAAUGUGUUUAUAAUUGACUAGGCAGAAUAUUGCAUCAGAACAUUUAAACUGUAAGGUGGGUAGCACACUGUGGCAUUUUUAGCAAUGCAAAUCAAAGUUCGCUACAGUUUGCUAUUCAUUUUUUUUCUGUUUACAGUCCCAUAUUUUUUCUUUGCAGCUGUUGCUUCAGUCAUUGUUUUGGUCUUGUCCUUUUACACAAAGACUGUGGUACUUACACAGCAGCAGUUAAAAAUGGAAAAUAUUUAGAAUCUGUUCUCAGAACACUGACUUGAUAAGUCAUUUACUAUGAUGGUGUAGGAUCCAUAUGCCAACAUUCUGUUAGUUUUGGCUCUGGUAAAAUUAAAACAGUUCCCAGUCAGAAGUUAGACAAAACCACAUAACAUAAACAUAAGAUAGUGACACAAUGUUUGCAGUAGUACAUAAUAUCUUUAGAUAGACUGCUGCAAACAUCUGUUUUUGGUAGCUUCUUUAGUCUGAUAAAAUAUGAUUACUGCGUAUAGUUAAAAGCAAGCCGUUUUGUUCUGAUGGGCAUCAGAAACAUACUGUUGACAGUUAGUUGAACAAAAGCAGGGCUUUGCUCCUUUUGUUUCGUAUUUCAUUUUCAGCACAUUGCUCCAGCAGCUGACAGAGAAGGAUAUGAUAGACUACAUUACACUACCCCUCUUAAAUACAUACAUGCAAACUGGCAGACUGCAUAAUUAACAGCAGUUUAAAUUUGUGUGUUUGUGUGUUCUUCUCAUUGUUUAUGCCAUGUAGGGAUAGGACAGUGUCACUUGGGUGAGAUUUUGCUGCCUUGCCAUAACUUUGUAGACUGGGCAUUCAACACCUCUCUCAGUGGUUUUCUGGCAACAGACAAGUAUUUUGAUCACAAUAUUACAGGGUCACUGUUAAUGAUAUAUUUAUAGGUUUCCAAGUAUGUAAGGUAACAAGAAGGAACUGACAUAUGAGCUAUACUUUCAGUGUACUUUAUCUCUCACUUAUAAAGGCACCAUUGCCACCAAAUCUGUGAGCUAUGAUCGUGUCACUAACUAAUAAGCAGGCUUUUGUAUGUCAGGAAUACUUUCAGUAAAGUUACUAUGAAGCAGACUGCAAAAUGAUAUGAGGUUUUCAAAUGAAGUUACUUAUUGAAUUACAAGCUGCUGGAACAAAUGAUGAAAAUUGGUGACAAGUGAAGAGAAACGGUUUAACACUGUAAUUUGUUGUUCAGUUUUUAUUGUGCAAAGAAGCAAAUGUUUUACCUGCUUUGCAGGCUGGAUAUAAUAGACCUAAAAGUUGUAGAGUAUGUGUGAUUGCCUUCCGGAGAUUGAGAGAAAUUAUUGAACUGUGAGAUCAGGGAACAAGAAUUCAUUUGUAAAGUAUCACAAUAUUACAUGCCAAGUUUUAUGCUGCUGCAGUGUGCGGCAGAUCCAUUUUUAAGUCAUAUUGACUGUAUUUUAUAGCUGACAUUAGCUGCUAAACGGUUGGGCCAAAUUUACUAGAGAUUUAGCACACUUGCACUUAAGUCAGAAAACCUGCAUCUGUUGUCAUUCUACCAUGAUUAGCCAUGUCCCCUCAUGUUUUGAGAAAAACUGAGAUGGGAUACUUUUAAUUAAAAAAGCACAAGGGUUUAUAGUGUACACAGCUAUAAUUUAUUUGUAUAGAUCACAUUUCCCCCUAAAAAUUGUUAUGUAAAAAAAAAAAAAAAUCUUUGUUUUUGAGUAAUGUUUAUGACAUUGAUUUUGUUCUGAAUUUAUGGGUUCAAUUUUUGUAGCAACAAGAAAAAUACUUUGAAUUUUGCAACAAAAUUCAUCACCUUACUGUUUAGAUGGCAAAACUUUUGUCUGAAAAUGCACUAUGGAGGGGGGGACUUCAUUAUAUAUCUAAUACCACGUUUACUGUUUCGUGCAAGCUUUAGUAAAUCAGCCCACAGUGGGUAAUUGUUCAGAAUGUUAGUUUUUUUUUAUAAUGAAGUGUUAACUGUUUUAAUUUGUUUCUGUAUUUAAAAUACUGUACUAAAAUGUUAUUUAUAAAUAUUUUUGUGUUACAAGAGUUAUAUAUAUAUAUUACCAAUGUUCUAUUACUUUGACAUUUGUCAAAGUGCACUUUUUUAUUAAAGGCCAAAUAUUUUCUUCUAAAUGGUGACUUUACAAUAAAAAUAUUUUGACUGUA